AUGCCUCCCAACCGCGUCAAAGGUGAUUUCACCGUGACUAGCUUUGGCUACCCAACGCCAAAAGAGAGGACAAUGUCCAACGAACCACCCGACAACAAGAUUGAAGAGUGGAAUCUGAAAAAAUCUCAAGGCAUCCUCGAGGACGCACAUGGCCAUCUUCCUGUCGGAUGUCGAAGAUCGCCCGCACAAGAUACUCAUCAUGACUUACCCCACCGUGAUGCCUCGCCUACAGAAGCCCGAGAGGUGGACGGUCAUCCGGGAGGGCUUCAUUUAGUCGGCAAAGAUGUCAAAACUGCACUCGACGCUAUCGAUAAAAUCAGAGGGCUUGUGGGUGGUAUCGUGACAGAGAUACCGCAGGUUGUACUUGUAGGAGACCAGUCAUCAGGGAAAUCAUCCUUACUUUCAGCGAUUGCUGGAAUCAACUUACCUCGGGGUGGAUCUACUUGUACAAGAUGUCCAACUAACAUCAAAACUUCUGAAGGACCGGCCUGGGAAUGUGAAGUCUCACUGCACAUCUCCUUUUCUUACGAUCAAACCAAGAAAGCUACAGCUCGAAGUUAUCAUUUCUGGGCUCAGAAUCCAACUACGGACGUAGUCCCAUUUAAGACUAUUCGUGAGGAAAGCGAGCUAGAAGAUGUCCUUAAGUGGGCACAGAUUGCGCUCCUAAAUCCCAGCAUUUCCCCUCAAGAAUUCGUUCCGGACUCGAACCUUGAGAAUGUCGCUUUUCUACAGCACAAGCAGUUACGUGAAAACAACGCAGUUAAAGAGCAGGCUGUGUACUCACCCAACGUUAUCGCCAUUUCAAUAUCCGCCCCUGGCCUUCCCGCUCUGUCUUUCUUUGAUUUACCUGGGCUUAUUGUAUCCGCUGCCAGCGACCAGUAUUUGCCUGAAGCAUUCAGAACGAUGACUCGAGAAUACGUUCGGCACGAAAAAUCUCUCAUAAUCUGUGCUAUGGCUAUGCAUAUAGACCCCCAGAAUUCGACAGCUCGACUACUAAUUCGACAGGAGAGAGCUGAACACAGGUGUGUCGGGGUUCUCACUAAUUCAGAUCGGGUAACUGAUACUAGUGAGUACACGGAGAUACUCCAAGGUCAUGAGUAUAAACUCAAGCAUGGGUACUUCAUUACCCGCCAACCUGGCCCAGACUGGAAGACGCCACCAGGCCCUCAAUAUCAUCAGUUUGCCCGGGAAUAUGAAACGAAGUUUUUUGAAGAAAGUCGGCUCUGGCGUGAAGGCGCAGAAUGGGCAUGUUUUCGCGACCGAUGCGGAACAGAAGUCAUUCAAAAAUACCUGUCCAAGACGUUCGUGGGCCUUAUUUAUUCCUGUAUCCCUGAAAUCCACAGCACAGUUCUCGAAGAGCUCGAAAAAGUUGAGCAUGAAUUAUCUAGCUUACCGAAAGUCAACGAUAAAGCGCAGGUCACCGUGCGUACGCGGCUAAACAGUCUUGAGAAUGGUCUCAGAGGUCUCCUCGAUAAUAGCUCCAACGUCUUCCACAGCCAGUGGAAGGAGUUGUGCAAUCAAUUUUCGAAAGCCCUGGAUGCCAUGAGGCCAAUGUGUGACUGUGCUCACCCGUCAGAUAAACAAGUGAAACCUACAAUCUACGAACUGGAUUCUGACUCAUGCGGAGAAGGCGCUUCGCCGGUCAAGACUUCGCCAGUCAAACUUGUGAAGCGGUCCGGUGAAGAUCUCGGCAAUAUCAUAAGCCCAAAGAAGACCAAACUCGCGCCUAAGGAGGAAACUUCACCUACACUAUCACUGCCCAUAUAUCGACGGCCUGGAGUCGAUGUCGACGAGUGGCGAAAGGCGAACACUCGGUCUAAGGGUGACCUGGGGCCUUUUUGGGAACCAUACACCGAUUGGGGCAAAGGUAUGAUGACACUUUCUACGUUGAAAACCGAGAUAUCUAAGCAGAUACCUGCUGGCGUUCCGGACGGAAGUCUUGAUAAGAUCAAAAGAGAGUAUGCGCUACAAAGCGUUGCUAGAUGGGACGCGCCGCUCCAAACUUUCCUCGCGGCCACUUUCGAUAUUCUAUCUGCGACAUUCCAACAGCAACUCGAUACGGACAUUAAACGCGAGUACAACGAGACAGAAUUUUAUAAGCGCUCACAAGCCAUCAUAGCUAGCUUUCUCAAACGCUCUAAAGAGACACUUCACGAUCAAACGAUGCGUCUAUUCAAAGUAGAGAAAUCUGCUCUCUUCACCAUGAAUAACGCCUCGUUCGAAAACCACAAGAAAAGGGCCCUUGAGUGGUUCAAGGGUCGACGACGAAUGGCGAGGAUUGAGGCAUAUUGCCAAGUGUAUCCAACACCAGCGUAUACAAAAGCCUUAACCUUCAGCCAAGGUGACCCAAGAAGGGAAGAGUUCAUGGCUGAAGUGUACAGCAAGUUCAAGAUGGACAAGCUUGGAGAAGAUAAAUUUCAAUCCGAAAUAGCUCUGGCUUCGUACAUCAGAGCAUACUACAUGACUGCUAGACAACGGUUUUGUGAUUCCGUGUGUGCAGCAGUCAACGCACACUUGAUCGAUGACAUGUUCAAAGCCCUCGAAUAUUAUGUCCAGGCCGAGCUUAAGAUCGAUGAAGGGGGGGAAGUUAGAUGUCAAGAAUUGCUGGCCGGAAAUGCAAAAGUAGUCAAACGCCGGAUGGAGCUGGAAGACAACCGCAAAAGAUUACAGGAGUCUUUGGACUGGAUCAGAAAACUCCGCCAAGACUCAAGUGCUGAUGUUUUAGAUACCACCAUGAAGGAUGGCGAAUAG